AUGACUACCAGUGAGGAUGUCUUGCGACCUCUGAUUCCCUCGCCUUCGUCGGAAAUCCCCCAAGCCAGCCCUUCCCUACACAGGACAGCUUCUAGUGUAUCUAUACUGUCGUCCAACCCAGAUCCUCUUGCUAUAUUCGGUAGUCGUGUAUCUACGUCCGUCAUGAAGUCCACGCCUACGGGCUUUACUCUAGCAAAAUACAAAAGACGUAGCUCGCAAACUACCUCUAAUCGGCGGAUUGCGAAUGUCAUCGAUAUAUGCCAAUACGGUCAGAAUGCAAGCAUACCGCUCGAGGAUCAAUACAAAGUUUGUGUCAGUUGCAAGUGUGAUGUUCCUACAUCUGCCUUCUUUGAUGACAAGUCCCAAGAGCACGCUCACUGUAACCUAUGUCGCGUUAGUUCUUUGACCCAUGAGACUAACUGCUCCUAUGUUCCCCCGAGCAGUGAUGUUCGCUCGAAUGAUAUACCUUUACGAGCAUCUACCCAUGCUCAUGAACAGUCUGAACAAGACCCUCUUUACGUCCCCGGUAAUCCUGAUGCUCUUAUACAACCGGUACUUACAGAAAACGAUUGGAAUUAUGUCAAUGAUUUUCAUGAAUCCUUGGACAAACAGCGGUUGGAGUACUGUCAUCGCUGCUAUGAAAGAUGGUUCAACCUCUGGCUGAACUAUCAAGGUAUUUGCGAUCGUUGUGUUCGUGCAGACAAAGGUAAAGACGUCCGCCUCUUUAGUGCUGCGAAUAAUCUACACUCUGGCCAGAUGCCUGAUCUCCCUGAGCUCUCUCAAACAGAAGAGCGGUCAUGUGUAAACUUUUUACGGGAUACCGCACAUGUCUAUGACAUCUUACCCCUGCUGCCUCGACACCUGGAGGUUAUCCUUCUUCGCCCAGUUAAUGCCGAAACUGAUUUAAGAUUGCAACGCCAGUUCAUACAUGGCUUCCGCGUACGAAGAGAUCAUUUUGUUAAUUAUCGUGACAUCACUAUCUCCCAGGAAGCUAUUUAUAUUCUCCCUCAAGACAGUAGUGUGGUGGAUGAUACUUUUAGUCAGAUAAUAGACCCCGUGAAGAUCGGUCCAAACGAUGUGUCUAAUAAAAUUGAAAUUCCUGAGCAUUGCGCUGUUCCUGAUCUUAUCGCAUGGGAAGACGAGAUACAGCGAUUAGAGAACAACUCCGUCCCCAGCAGUCACGUCGAGUCUAUAUGGAAAUUUCGUUGA